AUGUGUAUGCCAACGCCAAGUAAUGUCUCGGGCUUUGGUUAUUCAUGGGGCUUUACCAGUUCCGCCGAUCUCACGAAGGGCGAGGUGGAGACUCCUAGCAGUCUAAGUUAUACUUUAGGAAACACGGUUUCACCAGAAACCACAUUGACUGUCAUGUCACACAAGACACCACAAGUGCAGGAAAAAGUUGGCACUGUCGCAGUAGCAGUGUCAAAUUCGGCAGCACAAGUUACAAGGGUAGUAGCAGGAACACCAGUCACAGCACGCAGAAUGUUUGUUGUAAAUGAGGCACCUGCACACACCUUAAAUAGGGUUACACAGCAGAACCAGACUGCCACAAUACAAACAACAAAUCUGGCAUCAAAACCAUUUCUAACACCAAUUGGUCCUAUCCAAUUAACUGCAGAAGAAUGUAAUGAAAUUUUAAUGAAACGAGCACUACAAGCUCAGGGCAUAGCAACACCGGUUAUAGAUGCAUCACAGUUAAACCAUACAUUGUUGAAUGGCAGUCUGAAGACCAUAACAGAGGUAGCUCAAUCACAAGCAGAUACAAUUCAAACAUCAACUAUUCAUCAACAUAUGUUGCAUACCAAGCAAGAGCCUGGGACAGCAAAUAAUUCACCCAAAACAGAGCUGCUGAACACAGCGGUAUUGAUGACGAGCGCUCCGCCCGCCGUUAAAGAGCGGCCGUAUUCGUGCGACGAGUGUGGCAAGUCAUUCCUGUUGAAACACCAUCUUACUACUCAUGCAAGGGUCCAUACUGGUGAACGCCCCCACGUGUGUGCACAUUGCGGCAAGGCGUUCGCACGCAAGCACUGUCUGAAUACGCACUUGCUGCUUCACUCUGCAGACCGUCCCUACAAGUGUCAUGAGUGUAAGAUGGCGUUUACACUGAAGCAUCAUCUUGUUACGCAUUCGAGGGUGCACAGUCGCGGGCGGCCGUUCAUGUGCGGCGAGUGCGGGCGCGGCUUCCCGCUGAAGCGACACCUCGUCACUCACAGCAAGUACCACGCCGGCGAACGGCCCUAUGUCUGCAGCGAUUGUGGCGAGAACUUCGCACAGAAGGAUCACCUGGUGAUGCACAGCCGGUUCCACGGGUCGCUGUCGCCGUUCGUGUGCCCGGACUGCGGUGCGGCGUUCGCGCGCAAGUUCCAGCUGGUGCAGCACGGGCGCGCGCACGGCCGCGUGCCGCACGCCUGCCCCGUCUGCGGCAAGGAGUUCCUGCAGAAGCGCACCCUCAUCGCGCACAUGAAAAUCCAUACGGGAGAAGGAGUUGUUGCGUGCUUCGAAUGUGGCGAAGCGUUCAAAAGUAAAUCAGAGCUUCAACAACAUUGUAAAAUGACAAGACACUGUUUGAACACGCCGCAGACGCAACAACAACAAACUCAGCAACAGCAGCAGGUGCAACAGCAGCAGGUGCAGCAACAGCAGCAGCAACAGCAACAACAACAAGUACAACAACAACAGCAACAACAACAACAACAACAACAGCAGCAGCAGCAACAACAGCAGCAGCAGCAACAGCAACAACAAACUACUGUGAUAAAGCAAGAUGAUUUCAAACCACAAAUAGUUCAGGUUAUUGGUGCUGAUGGUCAAAUACUAACAGAAAAAACGACUCCAGGAUAUGCAUGUCCAGAGUGUGGGUCAUGUUUCAAUACAAAGGAGGCGCUAUCGCUGCACGUGCGGCUGCACGCGGGCGACCGCACGUGUGUGACCGACCUGUGCGCGCUCACCGCCGCGCUGCAGCCCGGCCUCGUCGCCGCGCACCACGCCUCGCACAAUCAACCAAUCCAAAUAAUUUCUUCGAACCCCAACAAUGUUGUACAUACGCAAGUUAUAGCAGCAAAUCAUCAUAUGACACCGCCAAGACCUAAAAUUCACUUUUGUGCUGACUGUGGUAAAGGUUUCGCUGCUAAACACGGUUUAUUAUCACAUCACAGAAGACACCCUGACGGCAGUUGUACAUUACGAACUCACGUCUGUGAUCAAUGUGGAAAAGCAUUCUUCCAGAAAAACCAUCUAAUGUUACAUCAGAGGCAACAUAUGGACCUCCCGCCCAGAUCUAACCAAGUACAGCAACAGCAGACGACACAACAAGCGCAACAGCAAGCACAACAGCAAGCGCAGCAGCAAGCGCAGCAGCAAGCGGCGCAGCAGGCCGCGCAGCAGGCUGCUCAGCAAGUGGCGCAGCAAGUGCAGCAGCAGGUCCAGCAGCACCAGCAGCAGCAGCAACACCAACAACAACAGCAGCAGCAGCAACAACAACAACAACAGCACCAGAAUAGCUUGGAGAUCGAGCAGCAGGAACACCAGCAGCCCACACAUAUACAAGUGGUGACGAACCGGUCGGGGCAGGUGAUCGGCAACCAGAUCGUGGUGGGGACGGUGGGCGGCGUGCAGCGGCGCCUGCUGGGCUCGCAGCUGCACAUCAUCGGCCGCGACGGCAAGCCGCUCACCGCGCAGCUGCCGCACAAGCCCAGGCACCACAACGCCAAUGACGUUAAAGAAGUCGGUGGCCUGGUCCUGUCGACGGGUCGGGGUACGGGCUUGAUCAAGUACGAAAUCUCCAUCCCACCUCCAACGUCUGUGGUCCAAGUGCAACAGCUAGACUGA